AUGGUGGAUGUGCAGCAUCCGCUCUCUGCGUGUCAGGCGGAGCUGGGAAUCUUCUCUAAGGCUCGAGAAGAGAGCUUUGCAGAGAACGCUGGCGCGCCGCGGCUGCAGGACCCGUUCGAGGGAGAGAGAGACAGUGUGGAGAAAGAGAUAGAGAGCGACGGCGAAGUAGAAAGGAACAGUGAGAACGGCACGCAGAGCUUUGCGUCGUCGUCGUAUGAAGGCGGCGCUUUGCGAAGCGAGCCGCACGAGGAGAGCGAAAAAAUCGUGUGCCAGGGCUCCAUGGAGCCACGCAGAGGCUUGAUCUGGGACGCCUUGGCGGGCGUGGAGGUGCUGUCAGGAGCGGAGGCCGCUCUCUCUCUCCCUUCGCCGUCUUUUGUCUUCGCUUCCUCGUCGCCUUCUCUAGCUCGAGGCCCCUCUAACUCGAUUCCACUGGCGCCGUCUUCCGCGGCUGUCUCGCUGCGCAGCUCUUCGUCGCGAGGAGGGGAAGCCCUCGCGGCUUCGUCGCGUCUCGUUCCUUCUCCGUCGUCGUCUCCUCUCGCAGUCUCUCCCUCCUCUGAGCCCACGCGAGGGGCUGCGGAGUCGCUUCCGUCUCCUGCGGCUCCGCACACUGUCUCUCCGGUGUCGCUUCGGGCCUUUCCGCGGCCGCACGCCGCGUCAUGGCACAGUCCCUGUUCGCCGUUUUCUUCUCUCUCUUCUCUCUCUCCCGUCUCUGCGGUCUGUGCAGGCGCGCGGAAUGUGUUGCGCUGCGCAGCGCCAGAGAAAGAACAGGGCGAAGCGAAGGAGCCUCUUCUACUCCGCUGGUUCAAGUCGGAUGCGGGCCUGCAUCUCACGAGGGCAGCGUCGCGCACUUGCACGGCGCCUCUGGAUCGGAUCAAAGUGGUGCUGCAGCUGCAGCGCGGCGAGCACUUGACGGUGAGUCAGGCGGUUCACCGCAUCCUCACGCACGAGAGCUACGGUGCUGUCUCGCAGGCUCAGGCGCGCAGACGCGCUGGCUGGCGGGGAUUCUUCCGCGGCAACCUGACGAACUGCGUCAAGGUGGUGCCGGAGAGCGCGAUCAAGUUCUACGUCUACGACUUCAUCAAACAGAAACUUCUCCACUUCAAGCAGGCGCGCGCCCAGGACGUGCAGGACGCCGCGCGCGUCGUCGCCGCCGUCGCGCAGCAGGCGAGCGAGGAAGAGAGCCGACGCCACGCGAGCGGCAGCGACGCGUCAGACGCAGAGGCGGAGGAGACAGGGGCGCGGAGCGGCGAAGACCCCUUCAAGCGCUUCAGGCGCCGUGCGCCCGUGGCCGCCGCGCCUUCAGCCUGCGCAUCCUCCUCAUCUUCCUCGUCCUCUUCCUCUUCCUCUUCUUUCUCCUCUUCUUCUUCUCGCUCCACGGAGGCUGCUCAGGCAGCCGCUGCGCACGCCUCCUCUGAGGGAGGGGGGGCGUGCGCGGCUCACACGUCGCUGUCGUUUUGCGACAAGAUGUUGUGCGGCAGCCUCGCGGGAUUCGUUGCGCAGUUUAGCGUCUACCCGAUGGAGGUCGUGAAGACGCGGCUGGCAGCCUAUUCGCCGACGUGUCGCUACGACGGCAUUGUCGACUGUCUGGUGACGACCUUCCAGCAGGGCGGGCUGCGGCGGCUCUACCGCGGCCUGGGGCCUUCGCUCCUCGGCAUCAUCCCGUACGCGGGCAUCGAUCUCGCGCUCUUUGACACCUUCAAAACGCUUUACGUGAACCGCGUGAUGCUGCCAGAGUUUGAGCGCGAAGAGCAAAAGCGAGUCGAACGGGCGCGGCGCCUCCUCGCCGCGCGCGUCGGGGACGCCGUGGCCUCGGCGGCGGGGGACGGGGGGCGCGCGGCCAACGCCCUGCCGGAGAGAGGCCGCAGACCCGCGGCGCUCGCUCUCCCCGCGACCGCGCCUGCCGCCGGACCCCACUCCCCGCCGCUUGUCUCGCCUGACCAAGCGGCGGGGAGUGCGGCGGCGGAGGAGACGCCCGCCGAGGCCUCGCGCACGAGCGGGCUGCUGGUGAACGUCGCGUCGCCCUCGGAGCGCGAGCAGCUGGCGGAUCCCUGCGCGCUGGCGGCGACUCGCGAGGCUUUCCGCGCGGCGGCGACGCCGAGCGUGCUGGUGCUGCUGCUCUGCGGCUCGCUCAGCUCGCUCUGCGGGCAAGUUGCGGCGUACCCGACUGCGCUAGUGCGCACCCGGGUGCAGGUCGACGGCAGCAACGGCGCCGCCGCCAAGUAUCGCAACAGCUGGGAGGCGGCGCGCUGUGCGCUGCAGGAUGGAGGCGUCCGCGGGCUCUACCGCGGCCUGGGCGCCAACCUGCUGAAGGCUGUCCCCGCCGUCAGCAUCAGUUGGCUCUUCUACGAGAAGUCCAAGGAGGCGAUCCGCUGGGGGGUCGCCGCCUACGAGACUCGCGAUUGA